UCUUGCUUUCGUAAUAUCUUGAUGCCAUUGUUUAUAUUUUGGAUUGAACAAGAGAUAAACAUGUCUUCAGGAUGUUGCUAACUGGGUAAAUGCUUUUGUCAAUAUUAAAUGCCAAGGGCUUUGAGGUUCCUAUUAUAUCACUUCAAUUCGAUGAAAUCGUGCCGCCUUAUUUGUAAAACCUUUCAAUGCAUAUUAUUGUAAAUCCCCUAGACUGAAAGAUGAACUGUAGACAGUGCUUCCCACAGCAAUGGAUACGUAUAGUCCCCAAAUGGGUCACUGUCUGAUGAAUGCUAAGAAGAACCUAUGCAUGAACAGGGAAGAAUCAAGAUUAUGGUAGCUGUAUCUGAAAGUGUAUGUUGUCCUUCUCAUUUAAUGUCACGGAAUGAGAGAACAUGGCUUCACCGGGAAAAGACUUCAACUACUUUGUUAUAUCACCGGGGCAUUUAGGCCUGGUGUUAUUACAACAUUAAUGGGUGUGUCAGUGGUGUUGGGAAAACGACGCUUUUUGAUGUUCUUGCUGGAAGAAAAACCAGUGACAUUGUUGAAGGAGAGAUUAAAAUCCGGGAGUAUUCUAAAGUCCAAGAUGCCUUUGCUCCGAUUUCAGGUUAUUGUGAGCAAACUGAUGUACACUCUCCCCAAAUUACAAUUGAAGAAGCAGUCAUAUUUUCUGCUUGUCUUCGCCUCCAUCCUGAAAUUGAUUCAAAAGCAAAAUAUAACAAAUUCUGGAAACAGUUGAAGUAUUGUCCAUAUAAGACGCCUUGGUUGGCAUUCUGGCAGUUAGUGGUCUAUCAACAGAACAUUGUAAGCGGCUCACAAUUGCUGUGGAAGUUGUUGCUAAUCCCUCCAUUAUUUUCAUGGCUGAACCUACAACUGGACUGGAUGCCAGAUCAGCUGUAAUGUUAUGCCGGCUGUCAAAAAUAUUGUUGAGACAGGUAGAACAUUUGUUUGCACCAUUCACCAACUGAGUAUUGACAUAUUUGAGGCCUUUGAUGAGUUAAUCCUUUCGAAAAAUGGUGGACGAAUGAUCUAUUGUGGGCCAUUAGGUCAGAACUUGAGUAAGGUCAUUAAAUACUUUAGAGAUAACCAACAGAGUUUAUUCACUGUUCAUAGUUCCAUGUUUGCUGCUGUACUAUUUUGUGGGAUAAACAACUUAUCUUCAAUCAUAACAUACAUUGUGAUGGCGUGGGCUGUUCUAUUUCGUGAAAGAUUUUCUGGGAUGUAUGCAUCAUUGUCUUAUGCUUCUGCACAGAUAAUCAUUUGCCAGGAUGUCGGAGGAUCAAGAAACGGAUAAGAACGUUGAGAUUUGGGAGAUCAAGAAGCAUAUAAAGGCACUGGAAGCUGCUAGAGGUAACGGCACCAGCAUGAUUUCCCUUAUCAUGCCUCCACGUGAUCAAAUUUCUCGAGUCAACAAGAUGCUCGGUGAUGAGUUUGGAACUGCUUCUAAUAUCAAGAGCAGGGUGAACCGUCAAUCUGUUUUAGGUGCCAUUACAUCUGCCCAACAGAGACUUAAACUAUACAGCAAGGUCCCUCCCAAUGGACUCGUGCUUUACACUGGAACCAUAGUUACAGAUGAGGGAAAAGAGGAAAAAGUUACAAUUGACUUUGAGCCAUUCAAGCCUAUUAAUGCUUCCCUUUAUCUAUGUGACAACAAGUUCCAUACAGAAGCUCUGAAUGAGCUAUUGGAGUCUGAUGCCAAAUUUGGGUUCAUCAUCAUGGAUGGUAAUGGGACCCUUUUUGGCACGUUAAGUGGAAAUACAAAGGAAGUGCUGCACAAAUUUACAGUCAUACCAAAAAAGCACGGGCGAGGAGGUCAAUCAGCACUUCGGUUUGCACGUCUUCGAAUGGAAAAACGUCACAACUAUGUGAGAAAAAUGGCUGAGCUUGCGACACAGUUUUUCAUUAAUCCUGCUACCAGUCAGCCUAAUGUUUCUGGACUUAUACUUGCGGGGUCUGCUGAUUUUAAGACUGAGUUGAGCCAGUCUGAUAUGUUUGAUCCUCGUCUGCAAGCUAGAAUUUUGAAUGUUGUUGAUGUCUCUUAUGGAGGUGAAAAUGGCUUCAAUCAGGCCAUCGAACUGUCAGCAGAAAUUCUUGCUAAUGUGAAGUUCAUUCAAGAGAAGCGUUUGAUUGGAAAUUAUUUUGAAGAGAUUAGUCAAGAUACUGGAAAGUAUGUAUUUGGUGUGGAUGAUACACUGAAAGCCUUAGAGAUGGGUGCUGUUGAAAUUCUCAUUGUGUGGGAGAAUCUGGAUAUAAACCGUUACAUGCUUAAGAAUACCACGACAGGUGAAAUUGUAAUAAAGCAUUUGAACAAGGACCAAGAGGCUGAUCAGAGCAACUUCAGAGAUGCAGACACCAAUGUCGAGCUAGAAGUUCAGAAGUUGUCAUUGCUCAAGUGGUUUGCUAAUGAAUACAAAAAAUUUGGAUGCAUGCUCGAGUUUGUGACAAACAAAUCUCAAGAAGGUUCUCAAUUUUGUAGGGGGUUUGGUGGUAUAGGUGGCAUACUUAGGUACCAGCUUGACAUUCGGUCUUUUGAUGAACUUUCUGAUGAUGAAGAAGCAUAUGAAUCAGAUUAGCAAUCAACUACUUCGCACCUGCUGGUGCAAGGGGAUGUAGCUGAUAGCCAGCACCAGGGCAUUCUUCAAGUGACUGACCGGGGCAGCCUUCAAGUGACUGGUCGAGGCUCAAUGAGGUCUAAUGAAGGUUUUGAAGUGGCUAAUCGAGCUUCAAGGAGUUCUGAAGAAGGUUUUGAAGCCGCUAAUCGAGCUUCAAGGAGUACACAAGCAGGUAUUCAAGCGGCUAAUCCAACUUCAGCUGGUUCUUAUGAAGGUGGAAUAAGAAAGACCAAUAUAUGAUGAAUCACACUACACCCCCCACAAGUAGAAGCAAUUGUUGCACUAAGUAAAUUCUUGAUUGUGGAUCUGCAUUUUGAGCUUUGGCUUUGGGAACAUGAUUUGAUCUAUUAAGGUCUUGGUUUGGGAGGGAUGCCAGGUGGUCUCCCAACCAAGAGAUUAGUAUGAACCUGUCUACCUUUUAUUUUUUCUUGACUUUGGUUUCAUUUUGAUUGCUUUGGAACUUUUAUUUUACCAGACAGGAUUGUUGGUUUUAAUAAUGGAACAGUUUUUGUUCUUUUA